GAGCGAUCACACCCGCACAGACAGGGAGGAGAAGAAACCAGAGCGCGGCGAUUUUAUUAAUAGCGAGAAAAUAAAGGCUGCCGGCGAGGCGUGGGCGCGGGGUGAAAAGCGCGAGGCGAUAGAGAGAAAGGAGGGCGAGAUCACGAGGUGGGUUUUCUCCUCCGCCCAAUCCAGUGCAGUCCACCACCCUCUCGAGGUACGGUGGAGCUCAUCAUCAGCUAACUAAACUAAAGGCAAGAAGGCAAGGCUUCUUUCUCUCGCUCUUGGAUCGCGGGGUCACGGGAGGCGCGCGCGCGGGAGCUUGCUCGGUUGCUUUGCUCCGCGGCGCCGGCGGUGGGGGAAGGAAAGGGGAGAGGGGAGGGAAGAGGGAUGGACCGGGCGGCGCUGACGGUGGGGCCGGGCAUGGACAUGCCCAUAAUGCACGACGGCGACCGCUACGAGCUCGUCAAGGACAUCGGCUCCGGCAACUUCGGCGUCGCGCGCCUCAUGCGCAACCGCGCCGACGGCCAGCUCGUCGCCGUCAAGUACAUCGAGCGAGGGGAGAAGAUUGACGAGAACGUGCAGCGGGAGAUCAUCAACCACCGGUCGCUGCGCCACCCCAACAUCAUCCGCUUCAAGGAGGUCAUCCUCACGCCCACGCACCUCGCCAUCGUCAUGGAGUACGCCUCCGGCGGGGAGCUCUUCGAGCGCAUCUGCAACGCCGGCAGGUUCAGCGAGGACGAGGCGCGUUUCUUCUUCCAGCAGCUGCUCUCAGGAGUCAGCUACUGCCACUCCAUGCAAGUAUGCCAUCGUGACUUGAAGCUGGAGAACACUCUGCUGGACGGGAGCACGGCUCCUCGCCUCAAGAUAUGCGACUUUGGCUAUUCCAAGUCGUCGGUUCUUCAUUCGCAGCCGAAAUCAACCGUCGGAACACCGGCAUACAUUGCUCCUGAGGUUCUUCUGAAGAAGGAAUAUGAUGGAAAGAUUGCGGAUGUGUGGUCCUGCGGAGUGACACUUUAUGUUAUGCUGGUUGGUGCAUAUCCCUUUGAGGAUCCUGAUGAGCCCAAGAAUUUUAGGAAGACAAUUCAGAGGAUACUGAGUGUGCAGUACUCGAUUCCCGAUUACGUGCACAUAUCUGCCGAGUGUCGAGAUCUUAUCGCCAAGAUUUUCGUGGGCAACCCAGCUACAGUGAGUACUUAUUACCAAGAUUUUCGAGUCACUAUAUGUUGCAUACAUAUUCCUUUUGAGGUUGAUACCUUUCAUGUCGACAUGCAGAGAAUCACAAUCCCCGAGAUAAGAAACCAUCCGUGGUUCUUGAAGAAUCUCCCAGCUGACCUGGUGGAUGAUAGCACCAUGAGCAGCCAGUAUGAGGAGCCGGAACAGCCGAUGCAGAGCAUGGACGAGAUCAUGCAGAUCCUGGCGGAGGCCACCAUCCCGGCGGCUGGUUCUCGGAUCAACCAGUUCCUGAACGACGGCCUCGACCUUGAUGACGACAUGGACGACCUUGAUUCAGACGCCGACCUCGACGUCGAAAGCAGCGGGGAGAUAGUGUAUGCUAUGUGACGGUGCAAAACCUCUCAACGAAGCAGCUAUUCUAUAAGUUGACCGUAAGAUGCCAAGAUACUCGAGACACUCAGAAGUCAGGAGGGAUAGGGUACCGCGGUGCUUGAUAGCCCGCCCACAAAUGUUACUUUGUUGUAGUUGGUCUCUGUACUUCCGAUGUUGUACAACGGUUUGGCCUUUUGGAUGUGACCUUGUGUUGCUCCAAUGCUGUGUUGACUAUCUCCGCUGAUUUGAGAACUGGUAGAUCAUCUGUAACCCCGUGUGUCAUCACAUCAUGUUUGUACCAUGUAUAUGUGUUGUAGGCAAAUAAGAGAGACUACAGUUUGAUCAGUUUCGUUUGCUGCCUGCCA